AAGGAUCAGGAAGUUUGUUCUCUCUGCGUGGCUGAGAAGUUUUUCACCUAGCAGGACGGGGGUAGGGGGUGGGGGUGGGGGUGGGGACAAAUGUCCCCAUAAAAUAGAGCGCAAGCUGCAACCUGCGUUUGGCUGUAACCCAGGAGUAACGUCAGAAACAGGUGAGAAUGACCACCUUAACUCACCGGGCCCGUCGUACUGAAGUAGGGAAGAAUUCCGAAAAGAAGGUAGAAAGUGAGGAAGACAUGAAUCAAGACCGAAAUCAAGACAAUGAGGACACUGGAGAUUCUAAGGAUAUCCGCCUCACCCUUAUGGAAGAAGUAUUGCUCCUGGGACUAAAAGAUAAAGAGGGUUACACAUCUUUUUGGAAUGACUGCAUAUCAUCUGGCCUGCGAGGUGGCAUCCUGAUAGAGCUGGCCAUGCGAGGUCGAAUCUAUCUAGAACCCCCCACCAUGCGUAAGAAGCGACUACUAGACAGAAAGGUACUGCUAAAGUCAGACAGCCCAACGGGUGAUGUUUUACUGGAUGAAACUCUCAAGCACAUCAAAGCAACUGAACCCACAGAAACUGUCCAAACAUGGAUAGAGCUACUCACUGGUGAGACCUGGAACCCUUUCAAAUUACAGUACCAGCUGAGAAAUGUAAGAGAGAGAAUUGCAAAGAACCUAGUAGAGAAGGGUAUUCUAACCACUGAGAAGCAGAAUUUCCUCCUAUUUGACAUGACUACUCACCCAGUGACCAAUACAACAGAGAAGCAACGACUAGUGAAAAAACUUCAAGAUAGUGUCCUAGAGCGGUGGGUAAAUGACCCUCAGCGUAUGGACAAGCGAACACUAGCACUACUGGUGCUGGCCCACUCCUCCGAUGUGCUGGAGAAUGUCUUCUCCUCUCUGACAGACGACAAGUACGAUAUGGCAAUGAAUCGAGCCAAGGACCUAGUAGAACUGGACCCUGAGGUAGAGGGGACAAAGCACAGCGCCACAGAGAUGAUCUGGGCUGUGCUGGCAGCCUUCAAUAAAUCGUAAAGCCAGCUGUUGGGUUUCUCCUUUUCCAUUGCUGGCCAGUGACUGUCAGAGACACCAUCACCAAGUUUUGUGUCAUGAGAUGUUUUCCAUCAUUUUUUUUUCCUCUUGAAUCAAAUUUGUUAUUUGGGGAGAGCAAUUCAGGGCUUCUCUGUAGACCUUGUCUCUUAUAAGCAGGCUUUAUAUCUCCUUAUACUUCCACUCCAGAGGUGAAUAAAUUGGGUGAACCAGCACUCAUCCAGUAAACAUUUUCUCUCGUUUCUUGGUUCACUUCCAUCCAGUGUGCUUUUGGACUAUCAGGAAUAUUUCAGUGAGAUUUGGAUUUCUCUAGCCAUAGAAUGUGAAUGAGAUAUAGAGCAAACCAUUUAUCUCAUUUUUUAAAGUUUGUUUUCUGUCUUAAAUAUAUGUUUUCAGCCUAUCUCCCAGGCUCUGCUAAGUAAUGUAGCUUAUUGAAGUAACCAUCUCUUUGAAUAAGGGGAAAUAAAACUGAUUUUUGGAGCAGAUGGUCUCUGAGAUAUAAAUGUAUGUUCCACUAGUGAUUUUGUCAUCUUUCCUUUUCUAAAUUAAUGAGAAUAUUCCAAAUGUGAUUACCUGGUUCUCAUAGUCCUAGAACCAUAAAUAUAUUCUCUACUCUCUCUCUCAGCAUUGUCCUACUCCAUCAUUCAUUACAGCAGAAAUCUAAAUUAAAAAAAAAAUGUAUCUCUCAACCACCUCUUUUAUGCAGUCACCAAUACAAUUUGCAAAGAAGGAAAGUGGCAUCAGAAUUUCCACUCUUUAGCACAUGACUAUCUGGAUUCCUCCAGGCUACUUUAAAUGUCUCUACUCUGAUUGAAUUUAGGGAGUUUUAAAUUUCAGUUGCUGAAUAGCACCAUCCUGAGUUCAGACAAUAUAUCUAAACUCUAGACCUUGUUCCCUGUUUUGGUGUCCUACAUGAAUUGACGUGUGUGCAUGCUCAGUCACUUCAGACGUGUCCAAUUCUUUGUGACCCUAUGGACUGUAGCCUGCCAGGCUCCUCUGUCCAUGGGAUUCUCCAGGCAAGAAUACUGGAGUGGGUUGCCAUGCCCUCCUCCGGGGGAUCUUCCCAACCCAGGAAUGGAAUCCACGUCUCUUAGUCUCCUGCAUUGACAGGCGGGUUCUUUACCUACUUUGUGUAUGUUUAAAGGUCCUGGAAGUAGUUUUAUCUAUGUUUAAUCCACAGAUGCCCUCCUAGUCAUUAGUCUUGUCUCAACACAAUCCUUUGUCUAACUCAUUCUCUAAAACAUUUUUUAAGUCAGUAGUAAAUGCAAAGAGAAGCUUAUUGAGAAAAAUCUUAUUCAGAAGGGCACUUUGAUGUUAAAAACAUCCUAUAUAAAGUCCAGCAUUUGGGAAUAUAAAGAGGACAGGCACCAAACUGUGCUAAUGUCAAGCAUUUGUUAAUACUGAUACUUCAAGGAUCUUGCCUCUUGACCACUACAGAGAAACAGUCUAUCAAAGGGCUAAUACAGAUGACCCAGACCUGAUAUCAAAUUUUCCUGAUCAGAAGUAAUUAAAUGAAUGAUUGUAAUUUUCCCUCCUCUAAACCUGUCUAGCCCCACAAAAUUCCCCAACUCACUUAACUUUUUUUCACUUUAGGUUAUCACUUAGGUGACUAAAGAUAAAAAGUUUAAAUGAAACAAAUUCCUAAAAAAUGUGAAGCUGAGUAGAGCUUCAGUCUGGCUCCCUAAAACUAUAAAACCCAGUCCAAGGGUGUCUCUACCUGACUUAGUUUUUCUUUCCAUUUGAACAGUUUGGCAUGAAUUUAAGCCAGGUUUUCCUGUGGAGAGUUUCAGCUUGAUUGGGAGAGUGGAAAUUGAGUUCUUUCUGGCAACUCUUGGUCAGUGUUUAUUUUUAUAUUGUAUCUCAUUAAGAUGAGGAUGUCUUCAGUUUGAAUCUGCAUAAUGUUCACUGCAAAACACCAUUUAAUGCAUAUGGUCUUCGCAUUUCUGUAUAAUAAAGAUCAAUUAUUGGC